UCCCAUCUUCCUCCCUUCGUCCCAAUUCGUUCCCUCAUAUAUCCAUCGACCUGCACACGGUCUCCCUUGCUCUCUCGUCGCAGCCAUGGAGGGCAAGACGGAGUGGCCGCAAUCCCUGAAAGACUUUGCCAAUCGCGUCUUCGCGAGCUGCACUGACUCAAAUAGGAAAAUCGUUUCCGAGGAGCUGCGCUCCGUCAUCUUCAAUGCUUUUCAGGCAGGAACCAUUGAUACCACGGAUUGGUCAACAAUGAAGCUCAAGACGCUGGGUGGAGGGCCAGGAGGGAGUGGUUCAGCCGGCGCGAGUGGGAGCUCGAAUGGAGCUGGAAUGAGCAAAAAGGCAAAGAAGAGAGCGCUCAAUGGCCAAACAGCAGCCAGCAGCAGUGCGAGUGGCAGCAGCAGUCUUGCCGAGGGAGGCUUUGAUGACCAGGACAAGAAGGAGAAGCGGGCAAGACGGUUCGAGCGCGAUCAGCGAGCGCAUAUGGAGGAGCAGGAAAGGGGUUGGUCAGACGCCAUUGGAAGCACAUCGCUGGCGAGUCGCUUUGAUGCUACUGCGCUCGUUGAUAGCAGGGCAAGCUCGUCAUCGAACGGCGACGGACCAGGAUGGGCAUACGAUAACACGCCAAGCUCGAUGCCAGGGCCAAGUCGAUUAGGCGGUGGUGGGAGAGCAUGGAACACACCGCCAGCAGCUGGCGGCUUCGAUGAUAGCAUUGCAGAUCCGGUGAGUAGCGCAACAAGGCCGCAGCUGGCUACUGAGGCGCUGGCGCUCACCAACCUCGCCUGGUCGCAGAAUGUCAUCGACUGGGACCGGGAUACCGUCGUCGGCCUCAGCACGAAGCUAGAAAAGCCCUACCUCCGCCUUACCUCCGCCCCCGACCCCCGUACAGUUCGUCCCCUUCCCAUCCUUGAGCAAACUCUCGAACUUCUCAAGAAGAAGUGGCGCUCAGAGAACAACUACGCGUACAUCUGUGACCAGUUUAAGUCCAUGCGGCAGGACCUCACGGUGCAGAGGAUCAAGAAUGACUUCACAGUCAAGGUGUAUGAGAUUCAUGCGCGGAUAGCCCUGGAAAAGGGGGACCUGGGAGAGUACAACCAGUGUCAAAGUCAGUUGAGGGGGCUCUACGCGUAUGGAUUGAAAGGGGCGCAGAUGGAGUUUUUGGCGUAUCGCAUCCUCUACCUCCUGCACACGAGGAAUAGAAGAGAGGUCAACGCCCUCAUGUCCGAGCUGACCCCUGCAUCCAAAUCAACCCCAGCAGUGCACCACGCCCUCUCCGUCCGCCUUGCCCUCGCCACAGCAAAUUACCACUCCUUCUUCAAGCUCUACCUCGACGCGCCUAACAUGAAUGCCUACAUCAUGGACCAUUUCGUCGAGCGUGAAAGGGUUGCAGCCCUGGGGAUCCUGGCCAAAGCGCAGAGGCCAAGCUUGCCGCUGACAUAUAUCCAGGCGGAGCUGGGUUUUGCGGACUUGGAGGAGGCAGAGGCCUUUCUGAGGGAAAAUCAUAUUGACACGUGGGUCGAGCUUACGCCUGCGGAGGCGCAGGCAGCUACGGCUGCGGCGAGUAGUAGCGGCAAGAGGAAGAAGGGCAAGGGUCAUGCUCCGCCCGCCGUACCCCUUGAAGAACGCAAGUGGGACUGCAAGAAUGCUUUGCCAGGUGUGAUGGCUGCGGGAGAGAAGUAUCGCAAGGUGGACAUCAAGGGGCAGAUCUGAGGGGCAUGCACUCAUGCAUGUCUUGGAAUAGCCAGACAGCCAAUUUGCUGUAGACGCGAGGCACA